CGACGGUGUAGGUUGUUUAGGUGUCACAAUUUCAACUUACGUAAAUAACGACUUCAAAAAAUAUUUUUUUAACAUUUCCUGAAUCUAAAGUAAUAAUUUAGAAGAAUCUGAAUGAUUGCUACCUGCUUUAAUUAAAUAAACAGAAGAACCAAUAAUUAUUAAAAAUUAUAAUGAGGCUUUCUGUAGCCUUGACUCUGUUUUAUUUGUGUUUUUUCAAACAGUCAUUAGGUGCUUUGAACUAUCAAGAUGCUCUAAAAAUAGCUCAAUUAGACGACCAGAAACAUUUUGACAAUGCACUCCAAAACAUUCUUAUCCCAAGAGUUGCAUCAACUGAUGGAUCAAAAAAAGUGCAAAAUUUUAUAAUUGGUGAAAUGGAAUCGAUGGGAAUGACUGUAGAACUUGAUUCAUUUUACGAUAAUGCACCAAUAUUUGGGAAAAUAAAUUUCGUUAACAUUGUUGGAAAAAUUAAUCCCAAUGCUGAUCGAUUCUUGAUGUUAUCUGCACAUUAUGACUCGAAAUAUUUCCCAGAUAAUAAGUUUGUCGGUGCUACUGAUUCAGCUGUUCCAUGUGCACUUAUGCUAAAUAUUGUAAAGACAACGCUUCCUUACAUUCAAAAUGUUUUAAAGGAUAAAAAUCUCGGACUGAUGCUUGUUUUUUUCGAUGGAGAGGAAGCCUUUGAACAAUGGUCCGAUAACGAUUCUUUGUAUGGAUCAAGACAUUUGGCGAAAAAGUGGGAACAAACAAAGUACAAGAAUGAAAAAGAAAUUGACAGAAUUAAUGUUAUGGUGCUACUUGAUUUAAUUGGAAGUGGAAAUGCAAGAUUUGUUUGUUCAACACCAAACACAUGUCCAUUGAAUAAGCGUCUUACACAAAUUGAAAACACUCUUCGUGAGGCGUCAUCUCUGAAAGCAAUUGGUAAUGGAAAUCGCAAUAUGUUUUUAAAUUCCUACAGAAAUUUAGGAGUAAGUGACGAUCAUAUACCAUUUCAAAAAAGAGGAGUUUCAAUACUUCAUCUAAUACCUAUGUCGUUCCCUCCAACUUGGCAUACAAAUGACGAUGAUGGAAGGAAUUUAAAUCACAAUUCAAUCUAUAAUUUCAACAAAGUUAUGAGAAUUUUCGUUCUUGACUACCUUACGACCUGCGUAAAUAAUCCGAAAUCAAGAAACUGCUCAUUCAAAUAAAUGUGAACUUAAAG